UGUGGCUUUAAUGCCUCUCAGCCAACACUGCUUUUGAUGCACAUUCAAAUAAAUCAAUCGUUAACUAAAAUGACGCCGUUUUCUGUUCGGACGUGUCUCUGAAAAGGCGCUAAAACUCAUUUGGAUGUCCGGUGACGUAUCCGCCGCUCCGCCGUCUCCUUUGGAGGUUGUCAGCUUCAUUGGCAAAACCGUUGGCGCAGGCGCGGCACUGACAGCUGCYGUCUACUUACUCCGCAAAGUCUGCUUGAUAAUGGCGUGGAAAUCCGGAGGAGCCAGCCACGCAGAGCUCGUUAACAAUCUCCGCAAAAAUGGCAUUAUUAAAUCUGACAAGGUGUAUGAAGUCAUGCUGUCCUCAGACAGAGCACAUUACUCCAGGUGUAACCCGUACAUGGACUCGCCGCAGUCAAUAGGCUACCAAGCUACCAUCAGCGCCCCGCACAUGCAUGCCUAUGCACUAGAGCUCCUACACGAUCAGCUGCACGAGGGAGCCAGAGCUCUGGACGUCGGGUCCGGCAGUGGAAUCCUGUCCGUUUGCUUUGCACGAAUGGUAGGCCCUAAAGGGAAAGUCAUAGGAAUCGAUCACAUCAAAGAGCUGGUAGACGAUUCUAUAAACAACGUGAAGAAAGACGACCCCAACUUGAUAACAUCAGGCCGAGUCAAGCUAAUAGUGGGCGACGGGAGGAUGGGUCACCCAGAGGAGGCGCCGUAUGACGCCAUCCAUGUCGGUGCAGCAGCCGCCACCGUCCCCCAAGCUCUCUUGGACCAGUUAAAACCCGGCGGGCGACUGAUUCUCCCGGUCGGCCCGGCUGGAGGCAACCAGAUGCUGGAGCAAUACGACAAGAUGGAAGACGGCAGCACCAAGAUGAAGCCCUUGAUGGGGGUGAUUUAUGUGCCUUUAACAGACAGAGACAAGCAGUGGUCCAGGUGGAAGUGACUUCCUUCUCCCCCUCCUCCCUCUCUCUCCUUCUCACAGUGGCAAAGGGAUGAACUCUGAAUAAGAAGACGAUCCAUAAUCCACCUUUAAGUUUGAAACCUGGGGAAAACUCGGAUGGCAUCAGCAAGCCCUGAUAUUUUGUUUCAAGCAUUAUAAAACGUGCUUCAUUUUUUUUUUUUUUUUUUUUUUUUU